CAUGGGCCUAGCUAAUUGCUGCUCCUCGCUCACCCGUAUAUACCCACGACUCCCUCUCAACUCCACGUCAGCAACCUUCCACGCAUUGGCUCCUCGUACGUGCUUCCAAUUGGAUUCCAACACGCGGCCAGCGUGGAUCCCAGCUAGAUUAUUUCUUCGUGACUAAGCAUAAGAGCCAGUCUUUUUCCUGCGGGGGACCCAUUUGGCUUAUGUCACCCACCCAAAUGACCCCUUUAAUAAAAGUAUGAACCCCACCAUAGUGCCACCUGACUCAAAAGUUAUUCCAUUUCCAUCUACGCAUACACGUUACACAUACAUCUACAGUCUCCUUUUGUUAUCUGACGAGAUUACCCCCACUUGUACCCAUGUAAUUACUCCUUCCUCUGGCCCAUAAAUAUCCGUCCCCUACGCUGCAUUUCUUCCCUUUCUCCCUCUCUCCUCCCUCCUCUCUCUAUUUAGGAAAGUUUUGCCCUUAAUUCCUGCCAUGUUGUCCGCUUAUAGGCCCGGCUUUCCGUCCGAUACCAUGUUUGGAAACCCUUUUCCGGCUUUUGAUCCCGGCUUUAUGCCCUUGGACUGCCCGGAAUACUUUCCUCCCGUCCAAUCCCCUAAACCUUUUUUUUCAAAUUCCGGCCCCGAUGCUUUAAUCCAAACAUCCAAAGGGGAGCCAGAUGCGUUUCAGUUCCCCAAACCGGUUAUUUCUUGUUCCGUUUCUUACGAACCGGACCGAGACCAAAACCCGAGUCAUGUCAAUUCAAAUUCCGGUUCUGACGAGCCGAAACGGAAGAGAGAGGAAUCCGAAUCCCCGUUGGACGAGCGGAGAAAGAGGAGGAUGAUAUCGAACCGGGAAUCGGCCAGGAGGUCACGCAUGCGUAAACAGAAGCACUUAGAAAACCUAAGGAAUCAGGUGAACAAGUUUAGGAUCGAAAACCGAGGCCUUUCGAACCGGUUGCGCUGCGUUUUGUACCACUGUCACCGACUGCAAACAGAGAACAAUCAGCUCCAAUCUGAAUAUGACAUGCUCCGACACAAACUCUCAGAGAUAGGUGAAAUUUUGGCGUACCGGCGACUGCAACAAUUCACUGCUGCAUGGCAAUGCAAUACCGUUACGCCCGAACAAACCCCGCCAUUGGUUACAUAAUCUGAACUAUAAUGAUAAUAAUCUUAAAACGAGAAUGAAGAGCUAGUCCUCUCCUGAUCUCCCUCUCUCUCUCUCUCUCUCUCUGUAUAUCGAUUUAAAAGCUGCCAAAGUAAUUAAUGGUGGUGGGGUAGUCAGGGAUUUUUGAAAAAUGUCAAGUUUCUUUGAAAACUAGGGUCAUUAUAUAAAUCUAUAUAUCGUGUACGUACGUAAAAACUUUUAGUUAAUCAGUGUUUGGUUUAUUAAAGCAUAUAUUCUAUUUUCUUGCUGUCU